AUGGCUACUUACCGCCCCGACGAUGCUAGGGGCGAAUUGAUGCGCGUUCGGCGUGACAUCGCCAAUGUUGAAAACCAACUUACCGUAGUAUGUAGAGAAGUAGAGUCUGCAGCUGAACUAGGUGACAAGGAGCGAGUUAGCGAUUGUCGUCACAUCCGGAACUGUUUGUGGAAGGAGAAAGAGCAACUGCGUAUCCAAGAGACUAUUUUUCUCAGGAUCUUGUUUUCGGACUCUCCUCUCACUGGUGGCUCUACACUCACGAUAACGUCAGCGCUGAAGCCAUCUCAACCUCCAGGACAAGGAAAAAGGAGUCGCCGAAUGCUCUCUCCGCCUCCAGGUGCACCAGGAGGUCAGCUUUUGCUCGGUGCCGGGAGCUCCGCGGCUGGAUUUGAGGCGGACCUUGUUAAUCCUGAAGGUUACGAAGUGAAUCGCAGCUCCGAGAGCAAGGUCAUUGACGUAUGGACGGAAUGGAAGGAGGGUAUCAAUGGUGGGCCGUCCAUUGAGAAGCUUGAAGAAGCACGCAAGCGCGAUCGUAAAUGCGUUUGGUGGAGGCAUAAGAAUGAUUACAAGUAUUGGAGCAAGCAGAUGCGCAUUAUUCACGCUAUUGAGAAGAAGGCCGCCGAGCUGGGUGGAAGCCUGGAUGCUGCGAUUCGUUACUGGGAAGAGAUUUUGCGCGUUGAAUUUGAAGGCAGCAUUUCCAAGCUGCGAGAAGCCCUUGGUGGUGAAAAGGCUGUUCCUGGUGGUGCCGAUGGCCAAAGCUGUCGAGAGAAUGAAGCACUGGCCCGAGCAGCAGCAGCUUCUUAUGAAUCAGCAACAGCAGCAGCAGCAGCAUCAGCAGCAGCAGGAGCAGCAGCAGCAGCAACAGCAGCAACAGCAACAGCAGCAGCAGCAGCAGCAGCAGCAGCAGCAGCAGCAGCAGCAGCAGCAGCAGCAACAGCAGCAGCAGCAGCAGCAGCAGUUGAUGGAGCAGCAGCAGCAGCAACAGCAGCAGCAGCAAAUGAUGGCAGAGGAUGCAGUUCAAGAUGGAGUGCAGGAGCAGCCGCCCUUGGCAAUGCAGCAGUCACAUCCACAGGCCAUUACGCAGAUAAUACCAUCAUCCUCCAUCCACUCGACCAUUCCGCUUCUGAGAAGCAGCCUUUUCAGCUGUUCCGUGCAUUCUGCUUCGCGUCCGCUCCCCGCUGUUGGCCGGACCAGUUGCCCUCACACGCCAUGUGCGGGCCUGGUGCGAGACGACUCGCGUCCAUUCUCCCCCGCGUUUGGGUUCGGCGCCUUGAUAUGGGGUGGGAGUGGGCAAUGCUGCGCCUGGAGCUCUUUCUGGACUCCACCGUCAAGGUCUUGGGUCCACUCUACGUCCUCAUCGCCCUCGUCCUCAUCCUCGCCAUCGUCUACCUGGCCUUCUCGCUGCUGCUGCCCAUGGCAUGGCCCCUGCACACCCCAGCGGGCAUGCUGCAUGCUGUGGCAGCCACAUGGGUAUCAUUCAACAUUCUCUUCAACUUCUACUGCGCCGCCACCAGAAACCCGGGCUCGCCUCCUCCCCUUGCGCUCCCAGACAAGGAGAUCCGAGGGGCGCCGCAGGGCGAUGUGAGGGUGAGCGUGGGGCGCAUAGUGGCAGACAUGCAGCUGAACCUCUCCGAAACCAUGCCCUGUGUGCGCUGGUGCGACAAGUGUCAGAAUCUCAAGCCCCCACUGACACAUCACUGCCAUAUAUGUGAAAGAUGCGUGCUCAAAAUGGACCACCACUGCCCGUGGAUGCACAACUGCAUUGGGCUCCGGAACUAUCGCUACUUCUUCCUCUUCUUGCUGUAUUUGUGGGUGGGCUGUGGCUAUUCAGUUACAGUCGCCACCAUGCUUAUAGCCGACCGCAAGAAGAUGGCCCAGCCACUCCCAGGGGUGAUAUUCACCUUCGUGGUGGCACUGGCAGCAUUCAUAGCCAUAGCGCUGCUGCUGGCGUGGCACGGGUACCUGGUGGCGACAGCGCAGACCACCAUUGACUUCUAUGACUUUGUGCUGCGCCGCCGCGAGGCCAGGCGAGCUGGAAGGGUGUGGGUGAACGAGUUUGACCUGGGCGUAUGCCGCAACUUCCAGAAUGUCUUUGACGUGUCGGGGCCGCUGUGGCCACUGCUCAUGCUGCUGCCACGGACAGCAGUGCCUCGGGGCGACGGCAUUCACUUCCCCACCAUACACGACCUGCGCUCGUAG